UUCACGUGUGACAUUUUACAGGGAGGACAUUUGCAGUCAGUGUGUGUGUAUGUCUCUGUCGGUCUGCUGACGUGCGCACACACGUACGUAACUAUACACUGACUGCAUAUGGACCUGGCUGCAUCCACAAACAGCCACGACGCGGUCCCCUCGCUCCCCUCCCUCCCCCACUCACACACAAUGGCUUGCCUACCUUACCCGACACACAGUCACAGUAGUCAGGAUGAAAAAUGGCAUGGCACGGCACUCACGCACACAACACAUGCCAUUGGCUGGCUGCCCUGUACACGGGGAUGGGGUGGAGGGACACAGGCAUGUUGCCACGCACACACACAUGUGGGUGCAGUGGGGGCUUGGGUGGGGUCGGUGGUGAGUGAGUCAACAGACAGCUCACACGUGUGCAGCAAACUGACAAACGACAAAGGAACUCGGGACCGGCGCUGAUUGACUGACUCAUUGCAGUGGUGCACUGACGCACACUCAUCGUUCCCUCCCUCCCUCCCUCCCAGGCCCACCUCUCCCUGCAGGCCAGGCCCUGCAGUGACUUAAAAGUCACUGCAGCACGGCCCUGUCAAACAACUCACACACAAACUCCUGGAUCAGCUUGUCAAGCCCCAGGUCCCCCUCCCCCUCCCUCUCCGGCCCUCUAAUCGUGUGGCCCCCUCUGUUUGUCUCCUCACACACCACACCAGGGUCCGAUUGCACCGAGUGAGUCGACCGGGCCGGUGACGCCUCACCACUGCCGGCCUGCUGAUACUCCUGCUGCUCCUCUGAGGUCCGUUGGUGGUUGUGGUUCUGCGCGCCAUUGUCGGUGUCUGCAGCGGUAGUGGCCGACGCGAGCCGCCUCGGUGGCUGGUCCCGGGCACCGUCCUCGUGGACAUCCAUCUCGCCGUAGGCGCAUUCCAGUUCGAGCAGUGAGGCGACGCUGCUGGCCGGGGUGAGGGUGUGGUGGUGGGUGUGGGGGUGCAGGUGAUGGUGGGGGUGGUGGGGGUGGGUGACGUCCUUCGCAAUCGCUUCGAUGGCUGCAAGCACUGGGUCUCCGCUGACCUGCACCGCACAGACAGACAGACAGACAGAUGAGUGCACUCAUCGGCAGCACAAUGGACCUCUUCUCCCCUCCCGCCGUGCCGACCGUCUGCGUCUUUGCGAGUCGGUCGAAGGCGUCAACAAUGGCCUCCAGGCAGCACGACCGCCGUAUAUACCCUGCAGGCAAUAACCGAACACAAACAACACACAUCAUCAUCAUCCACCCACACCCCCGCGCCACACCACACAGUAGUUCUCGAACGAACGAACGCACCGAUAGCAUGUCCGCCGUCAAUGAGCCUGACGGUGAUGCUCCCCCUCUCCCCGGCUGCCUGUGAGAGGGAGGCGAUCAUGUCGUUGCCGAACUCGAGCGGCACAAAAUGGUCGUUCUUGGCGUUGACGACCGCCACGUGGAGACACCGUUGGCUGGCCAGGGAAGGUGGGCAGAGCUGCAGGCAGGUGGACACGUUGCCCUCGCCCAGCCAGGCGUGCAAACGGUCCUUGGCUGACUGCUCGUCCGAACCGAUCUCCUCCUACACACAGAGAGGGAGAGAGCGACACACCGCACCGCAUCCAACCACUCGUCUGUCUGCCUGUGCUGCCUCUCCCUCUCACUCACUCACUCACCGCGAGAGUUGCCCAGUCGAUGCCCUCUCUCAACGCUCCGCUGCUCCACGCGCCUGCAAUGAUGAGAUGAACACCAGACGGAUGAUGGGUUUUGAAUUGUGUCGUAUUGGUGUUUGUCUCGGUGUGUCUGCAAUCUGUACGCAUGCUCUCGCCCCCCAAACAGGGCACACAGGCGAUGGGGAACUUGCAGAUGAUCGCCCCCACCACGGCGGCCAUCCCGCCACCCAAUGAGAGGCCAGUAACGCCUAGCCCCACAUGGGGACAGCACAGCUCGUCCAGCUCGCGGCGGAAGAAACUCAUCAAAGCGCAACACUCGCUGCCGACACCGUCACCUAUACGAAAAGGGUGAGCGUGGGCAGGGAGAGGGGGCGAGGGUAUUGCUUCUGCUUACACCAGAGCCGUAUGUCCGCUGCGUGUUUCAUGAAGAAGAGGAGCUGACCCUUCGGCUGCCGCUUGCCUGCAGUGAGUGCAGCACACAAACACAACACAACACAACACAACACAACACACCGAAUGAGGGGCAGGCCGAUUGACAAAUGCUGCGUGUCUGUGUGUCUGUCUGUCUGCCGGCAUGUCUGACACACCGUAGAAUGGCGCCAUGAGGAUGAUGCUGCCGAUGCCGUGCUGCUGCAGCAGCGGCUCCGCCAGCCACUUGCGCCGAAAAUAAUAAGUCGUGUCGCCAGUACCUGACGCACACACACGACACACAGUGAGUCCAUCGAUGCUCUGCUGCCGCCGCCGCCACUGUCUCUCUGGUCGACCCACCCACUCACCGGGUAUGUGGAAGGCGAGUCCUCUCAUGUCGCCCCCUCUGAAGGCCACCACCGGGUUGGCGUCCGUCCGAUGCCGCCCACCUUGCCGACCUAUCGAAUGCACAAACAGAAAAUACGCGUACUCGGACCUGCAGACAACACACGCACAUCCAUCCAUCCAUCGACCGGCACAGCGCAUGUCAUGUGGGUGGGGUGUGGUCUGCUCACUCUGGUGGAAGGUAUUUCGCUAUGGGCGAUCGGAACCGUCCCUCGUGGCAGACGGUGAGUUCGUCAGUGGUCCAAGUGUUGAGCCACUCGACCUCGAUCUCAGGCACACUGCCCUUCCGCACCAAAUCGUUCGACAUAGCCCUGCACUCGUUGCUGCCCUCCACAUCGCCCCACCCACGCGUGAACUGACACACCACCAAUAAACCACACACACACAAUCACACAGAAUCACACAACACAGACAAGACAAGCAGAGGCCAGCAUUGACUGGGCUUACGAAUCUGAGAUUGGUGGCUUUGCAGAAGACAGCGAAGCUGUGGUCCAUAAAGGCCAUGGCCUGCGAGAGGGAGCUCAUGGCGCCGACCAGCACCCUGCGUACUACAACCAGCAGCGCUUGCUGCGCCGAGAGGAGCAGAUACCGAUACACAGGCGGCGACACCGCACUACGCCACCCAAAGGCAGCCGCUGUGUGCGCGCAGAUCCCUCCCUCGCCUCCGUCGCUUCUUAGCGCGCAUUCGAUCGGGGGGAGCCGCGAGGGGGGGAGAGAGGCAGCUUUGGAGCCCUUGAGGGCAGCGGAAUAGCGCCUAAGCGAUUCGAGGUCAUCCAU